CAGAAGAAUCCUCGCUUCUGUUUGUUAUUCCACGCUUCGUUUUUUUUUUUUUGAAUUAAUAUUCCACGCUUCGUUGCGCAGCUCUCAGUCAAAGCACGCCACCGUAUUACGGGAGAUGGUCGCCGCCGCCGAGGCCAAAGCCGCCAUCGGGGUGGCAACGCCGACGCCGACGGCGGCGCCAUGCGGGUCGACAACAACGCCGCGCGAUGCCGACGUAGACGACAAGAUGACCAUCGUCGGCCACCCGGCGGCGUCGCUCCCGCUGGAGACGCGGUGGCCGCCGUUCCCGCUCCGUCGGCUCGGCGGCUUCUGGAUGCCCGAGUCCCUCCUGCCGGCCGUCGCGGCCCUCCACACCAGCUUCGCGCCGGCGCCGGAUGGCGUGCUCCUCGCCAGCUUCCCCAAGUCCGGCACCAGCUGGCUCAAGGCGCUCGCCUUCGCCGCCGCGAACCGCGCGGCGCACCCGCCCUCCGACGCCGACCACCCGCUCCGCCGUCGCAACCCGCACGACUGCGUCGAGUUCUUCGAGAUGCGCCCCGACGAGCACACCGGCGCCACCAGCGACGGCAUCGCCGUGGACGCGGCGUCGCCACCUCCGCCGCCGCGCGUGCUCGCCACCCACCUACCCUACUCCCUGCUGCCCAAGCGCAUCACCGCCGGCGACGGCUGCCGGAUCAUCUACAUCUGCAGGGACCCCAAGGACACGCUGGUCUCCUUCUGGCACUUCUCCAAGAAGAUGGCGGCGACCAUGGCGGUGGACGCCGGCGCGUUCACGUUCGACGAGGCGUUCGAGCUCUUCUGCGACGGCAACUGCACCGGCGGCCCGCAAUGGCGCCACGUCCUCGAGUACUGGGAGGCGAGCCGGCGGUGCCCCGGCAAGGUGCUGUUCCUCCGGUACGAGGACAUGCUGCGGCGGCCGGCGAGCGGCCUGAGGAAGAUGGCGGAGUUCAUGGGGUGCCCGUUCGCCGCGGCGGAGGAGGCGGCCGGGGUGGCCGACGCCAUCGUCGAGCUCUGCAGCCUCGACGAGCUGAGGAGCCUGGAGGUGAACAGGAACGGCACCGACGUGCUCGGGCUGAAGAACGAGUCCUACUUCAGGAAAGGUGUCGCCGGCGACUGGCGCAACCACAUGACGCCGGCGAUGGCGGCGAGGCUGGACAAGAUCGUCGACGACGCCACGCGAGGCUCUGGAUUAAGCCUUGCCAAUGCAACCCCGUCUCCGCCCAUGCAUGAAAAUGAAAUUAAGGGAAAUUUAACUAUUUACCACUCUUACAUUUAACUAUUUAUCACCCAUAUUUGAAUGACAUACUACUACUCUAUCCUAAAAAAAAACUCUAGCUACGAACUUAGACAUGUAUGUGUUUAGAUUCGUAGUUAGGAUUAAUUUUUUUUUACCGAUGGGGUAUGGGCUUAAGUACUGCAGUUUAUUUUUUUCUAUAUAUGUUACUGCGUGUUUCUUCUGUUCUGGAUGUGCGGUGUGAAGAAGGAUAGUGUGAAUUAUUUGUAAUAUAAAAUGUGCAGUUCAAAAGAUCAAAUAGAGUCAAAUUUAAUUGUUGUUA